AUGCCAUCCUGGAAUUUCACCAGUGUUGAUUUCGACAACAUGCUUGAAGAACCAUCUUGGGCCUUUUCUCACCUACCUCUCAACAACAGCUCAGAGUUUAUUCUCGAAGCUCCAAGUGAGGGAGAGGAAGAAUUCGAAACAAUCCCACUAGACAAUAUGUAUGAUGGGGAUGUCGAAGAUUCUAACGAGGAUGAUUUGGAUGAUUUACUUCUCCAACUCAAACAACAAGAAAGAUUAACACAAGAACUUUACAGUCGAGCAAAAGAUAGCGAACAACCAAACUCCCUAAGCAACAGCUCAGACUACUCACGAGAAUCUUCCUUCAACCUCCAGUGUCCUCCUCCAAGAAUUAGUAUGUCUUCAAACAUUCGCCAAACUACAUUCGUUAUCGGCAAUAGUAAUGAUCUCGAACGGAAAGGUAAAGAGAACGCCCCCAGGAUAUCCGAGGUACCCCGUCGAAAGACCCGAGCUCAAGCCCCCUUACUUGAACUCGAUUUACCAUCUCCAAUUGAUUUUGGCAAAGUAUUCUCUCCAAAAGCUUCUGAAACAAUGGACAACGACUUUGUUCCCAAUAUGCUAGAAGGGUUUGAGACUAUGAACUUUGGCGAAUUGAUACAAGACUACGAAUCUGGCGACAUUUUGCACCCAACCGAAGCCCAAAAAUUCCGCUGCGACAUCGAAAACCCGGAAGUAUUCAGCAUGGAACCUCAUUGGUUCCACGACACUAAAAACACGAGGUGUGAGCAGAUGGAAGCGCAUGAUUACGAUUACCGUUGCCUCUGUUCUUCUUGCUCAGAGCUUUAUCACGAAGCCUUGCCUGAAGGUACAUAUUGUAAUUGUCCAGAUUGUAAGAUUACUAAUGUCGAUGAAGACCAAGGACUUACAGAUCAAAAUGAAGCAUUUGCUGAAAUCCAAAAACAGAUCCAACUCCAAUCACCCGAACAACGAAUUCAAGAUUCAGAACAAAUGGCUACGGAGAUCUCACCGAAGUUACCGUCAGACCCUCUUUAUAAGGAUUCUACAACAGUUGCAAGUGAGUCCGAUGGUAGCCUCUCAGAAUUACUUAGCAUGAUUCGUGAGAACUUAUGGUUGGAUUCUGAUUCUGGUACAGUUGGUGAUUUCGAUGAGGAGUAG